CCGUCCUCUCCCUCUCCCUCCAGCACCAGAGGCUCCGCCAUGCAGCUCUGCCUGCUCCUCUGCCUGGCGCUGCUCAGCCCACAGGGCGCCAGCCUCCGCCACCGGCACUCCUGGACCAAGAAGAGGGACAGGGAGCUGCCGGCCACGGCCGCCACGGCCACGGCCACGGCCGCCACGGCCGCCACAGCCACCCCUGCUCACAGGAACUUCACCUUCGACCUCUUCAGGGCCUUGGUGGCCGCCAGCCCCGGCCAGAACAUCCUCUUCUCCCCGCUGAGCGUCGCCAUGCCGCUGGCCAUGGUCUCCCUGGGGGCGCGGGCCGCCACGAAGGCGCAGAUCCUGGAGGGCCUGGGCCUCCGCGCCCGGGGGGGCCCCGAGGAGGAGGCCGCACUGCACCGGGGCUUCCAGCGGCGGCUGCAGGGGCUGCGCCGGCCCCGGGGGGACCUGCAGCUGAGCCUGGGCAGCGCGCUGUUCGUCCGGCCGGCCGUGCGUGUCCGGGACGCCGUCCUGAGCGCCCUGAGGACCCUGUACCUGGCCGACGCCGUGCCCACCCGCUUCGAGGACCCCGCGGCGGCCCAGAGGCAGAUCAACGCGUACGUGGCCCAGCGGACGGAGGGCAGGAUCGUGGACCUGGUGAAGGACCUGGACAGCUCGGAGGCCAUGGUCCUGGUGAGCUACAUCUUCUUCAGAGCUAAGUGGGAGACGCGCUUUGACCCCCAGAGCACCCGCCAGCAGGCCUUCCACGUGGCCCCGCAGACGGCGGUGCAGGUGCCCAUGAUGAGGCGCGAGGGCGAGUUCGACUACCUCCUGGACCGCAGCCUCUCCUGCAGGGUCGUGGGGCUGCCCUACCACAGCAACGCCACUGCCCUCUUCAUCCUCCCCGGCGAGGGCCGCAUGGAGAAGGUGGAGGCCGGCCUGGACCAGCACACCCUGGACAGGUGGCUCAGGAAGCUCACCAAGAGGAAGCUCCAGCUCUACCUUCCCAAGUUCUCCAUCGAGGGCUCCUACCAGUUGGAGAAGGUCCUCCCCAGGCUGGGCAUCCGGGACCUCUUCACCUCCCACGCCGACCUGGCCGGCUUCACCAACCACUCCGGCAUCCAGGUGUCCCAGAUGGUGCACAGAGCCGUGGCGGAGGUGGACGAGGCGGGGACCCAAGCAGCCGCGGCCACGGGCGUGGUGUUCGCGUUCCGGUCGGCCCGAGUGGGCGCCCAGAUGCUGGUGUUCGACAGGCCCUUCCUGCUGGCGAUCCUGAGCCCGGAGGGCGUGCUCUUCCUGGGCAAGGUGGUCCGCCCCGCGGGGGGGCCCGCCCCCUCCCCCUGAGCCCGGCCCCCAGCGGAGGGGCGCUCUGCGGCCGUCCGUCUGUGCGGCCUCAGGAGACGUGCGCUUAGGGACCGGCGAGGCUUCGGCAAGCAGCAGCAGCAGCAGUAGCAGCACCAACUCGGUGCCAGGACAGCUUCUUCCCACGCCCGGCGAGGCCAGGCACCCCAUGCAGCGCGGGGGACACCCGGUCCCGCCUCCCCCUCACCAGUGGCCAUUCCCACUGAGGCCCCAGAGCUGGAUGGACUCGUCCGAGGCAGCACGGCAGUUAGAGGCCCAGGAUGACCCCUGGCUCCCAGCCCAGCCACCAGCUCCACAGGAUGGCGGUUCCAGCAGACAUUCCGCCAGGAAGCCUGUGCCCAAGCCGAGCCCC